GAGCAUCACAAAACGAUCCCCCGGUUUAUGCAAAAUAUCAUCAGGUACAAAUAUUUUCUUCUUGCAGGAAAUCUUUGUCUUCUCCGUUCAGAGCCUAUUCCUUCAGAUUCAGAACGGGCCUUCUCUGCAGCUCGUUCUAUCACUCCCGAUCGGCGGACGGUUGGCAACGACGGCACCGGAGCGUUUUUCAACUGUUUGAUGAUAUUAGUUUCACGAUCUGCAGGCACGUUUCUCGGUUCGCCGAUCAAUGAACUCGACUACGGAGCAGCAUCGCGGAAGCAGUUCUGACGACAUUACACAAAUUGACACGGUGAUCCGGCUUGGACCGCCGCUGGGACCGGAGUUCGGCGCUGCGGAGGAGUUUGUGGAGGUGACGCUUGAUCUGCAAGACAACAAGACGGUGGUGCUUCGAAGUGUUGAGCCUGCAACAGUAAUCAAUAUCGACGAUGGCGUCUCCGGCAGUUCUGGAACGCCGGCCUUGACUUCCGCUUCGACUUCGAGAUCUCCGUCGGUGAGGCGGAGUUCAUCGCAUCGGUUUCGUCAGUUCUCUCAUGAACUGAAGGCGGAAGCGAGGGCUAAGGCGAAGCAUUUCUCGCACGAGUUAAAAGCCGAAUUGAGGCGUUUCUCAUGGAGCCGGAGCCAUGCGUCGCGAGCAUUCUCCGCGUCAUCGUCUACUCUGAACGCGAACAGUACUUCUGUUGGAGUGGAAAACGGAAUUGAUUCGGCUUUAGCGGCCAGAGCUCUGAGGAGGCAACGAGCAAGGCUUGAUCGAACUCGUUCCGGCGCUGGGAAGGCUCUCCAUGGAUUACGAUUCAUAAGCAGCAAUAAAACGAAUGGCGUCGAUUCGUGUCGUGAAAUCGAAAGCAAUUUCAAUAAGCUUGCCAAGGACGGAUUUCUCAGCCGCGCCGAUUUCGCGCAAUGCAUAGGAAUGAAAGAUUCAAAAGAGUUUGCUCUCGAGCUGUUCGAUGCUCUAAGUCGGAGGCGAAGACUCAACAACUUUGACCAAAUUAGUCGAGACGAGCUAUUCGAAUUCUGGAUGCAAAUUACAGAUCAAAGUUUCGAUUCCAGGCUCCAGAUCUUCUUCGACAUGGUGGACAAGAACGAAGAUGGUCAUGUCACGGAAGAAGAAGUAAAAGAGAUUAUCAUGCUAAGCGCAUCAGCCAACAAGCUAUCUAGACUUAAGGAACAAGCGGAGGAAUAUGCAGCCUUAAUCAUGGAAGAAUUGGACCCAGAAAGACUAGGUUAUAUCGAGCUAUGGCAAUUGGAGACACUUCUGCUCCAAAAGGACACAUACAUGAACUACAGUCGAGCCCUCAGUUUCACCAGCCAAACUUUGAGCCAGAACCUACAAGGCAUUCGACAAAGAAGCCCAAUUAAAAGACUUGGCACGAAAGUGCUUUACUUUCUGCGAGAGAAUUGGAGGCGAAUUUGGGUUUUGACAGUUUGGAUUCUGAUCAUGGUUGGGCUUUUCUCAUGGAAAUUUUAUCAGUAUCGACAUAAAAACGCCUUCAAAAUUAUGGGGUAUUGUCUCACCACAGCAAAGGGCGCGGCUGAGACCUUGAAGUUCAACAUGGCUCUCAUUCUUUUGCCAGUUUGUAGGAACACUAUUACUUGGCUAAGGAAAACCAAAAUAGGUUACUACGUACCUUUCGAUGACAACAUCAAUUUUCAUAAGAUAAUUGCGGUGGCCAUCAUAGUUGGUAUCAUUCUCCAUGCUGGAAACCAUCUUGCAUGUGAUUUCCCAAGGCUCCUUAAAUCAUCUGAAGCUGAAUAUGCGUAUGUGAUUGGUGACUUUGGCAAGAAUAAGCCCAGCUAUAUGGACCUCGUUAAAGGGUGUGAAGGUGUUACAGGAAUCUUAAUGGUGAUUUUCAUGGCAGUAGCUUUUAUACUUGCAACACGAUGGUUUAGGAGGAACCUCAUUAAGCUACCCCGUCCUUUCGAUAGGCUCACGGGAUAUAAUGCCUUCUGGUAUUCACACCACUUAUUCAUUAUUGUGUACAUCUUGCUCAUCGUUCAUGGCGUAUUCCUCUAUCUUGUGCACAGAUGGUAUCUUAUGACGACAUGGAUGUAUAUUGCUGUUCCAAUUUUGCUGUAUGCUGGAGAGAGGAUCCUAAGAUUCUUCCGAUCGGGAUCAUAUACUGUUCAAAUCCAAAAGGUAGCCAUUUAUCCUGGAAAUGUGAUCAAAUUGCAAAUGUUCAAGCCGCCCCAAUUUCAUUACAAAAGUGGACAGUACAUGUUUGUUCAGUGUCCUGCAGUUUCUCCCUUUGAAUGGCAUCCAUUUUCAAUUACCUCUGCUCCUGGAGAUGACUACCUCAGUAUCCAUGUCAGGCAGCUUGGUGAUUGGACGCAAGAGCUUAAAAGGGUUUUCUCUGAGGUUUGUGAGCCUUCCGUCUCCGGAAAGAGUGGCCUUCUAAGAGCUGAUGAAACUACCAUAAAGAGUUUGCCUAAACUUUCAAUAGAUGGACCAUAUGGUGCCCCAGCACAGGACUACCAUAAAUAUGAUGUGCUACUACUUGUUGGCCAAGGCAUUGGGGCAACACCUUUCAUCAGCAUUUUGAAGGAUUUGUUGCAUAACAUCGUGAAAAUGGAGGAGCAGGCAGAUUUAUCUACUGACAUCAGUAGUGUUGCAGACUUCAGUUAUGUGAGCAAAGAUUGUAUCGCUCCUAAAAGGAAAAAUAGUCUGAAGACCACAAAUGCAUACUUUUAUUGGGUGACUAGGGAGCAAGGCUCCUUUGAUUGGUUCAAAGGUGUGAUGAAUGAGAUCUCCGAGAUGGAUCAAAGGGGCCUAAUUGAGAUGCAUAACUAUCUGACUAGUGUGUAUGAGGAAGGAGACGCUCGUUCAACUCUCAUUACCAUGGUUCAAGCCCUCAAUCAUGCUAAGAAUGGAGUAGAUAUUGUGUCUGGCACCAGGGUGCGAACCCACUUUGCCAGGCCUAACUGGAAGAAAGUUCUUUGCAAAAUCAGUUCCAAGCACUGUGGAGCAAGGAUAGGUGUCUUCUACUGCGGAGCUCCAGUUUUGGCCAAAGAACUAAGCCAGCUCUGCCAUGAGAUUAAUCAAAACGGUUCGGCCAAGUUAGAUUUUCACAAGGAGCAUUUUUAAGAUAAGUUUGCCAUGCAUCAUUUCUUCCCUCCAAACCUUCAUAAUCCUCCCUUGUCAUCUCAGAAAUAUACAAAGAUUAAAAAAUUAUACAUUAACAUUGGAAAAGUUGAGGAAAAAAAAUCCAUCCACAAGAUUGAUAACUUGUAGAGACUAGGUAGGAAAGCAGAGAAGAAAAAACAAAAGAAGGAAGUUAUACAAGGAGACUUGGAAAAUUAGCCAUAUUAUUCCAAGCACAAUCACCAAUAAACACUAUGGUCUGUGUUCAAUAAAAUUAGGAAUUUUAUGUCUGCUGUGGUUCUGCAUUGUAUAUAUGAUUACCAUUGAGCAGAACCGAUGGUACAGAACAGUACAGCAACACAAGAGAGAGAAGUUCGCCAAAUUUGUAGGAAAUAUUUUGAGUGUAUAGGAUUUGAAAAAGAUUCUUAGAGGUUGCAAGGUUGCAGAAGGAAACAAUUCUGACAUAAUGGACAAGGGAUUAAAUGGACUUCUGGAAGUGGAGUAAGAUAGCUUCUCUAAUCUCUAUCAUUCAUUUUCAGAAUUUUCCCAAAAUGGGUAGGAGAAUUUUUUACAGAGUCCAUGGAGAAGGUCAUAACACCGAUCAACCUCGAUUUCCUACAAUAUACCACCCAUAUAUCUGUGAAUAAUAGUCAUUCUUCAGUGUUUCCAUAGAUAUUCUUUGGACUAUUAUUCAUUCUUGUAUAUUUAGAGAGGGAAUUUUUUGUUAUUAUUAUUAUUAUUAUUUUAACCUAUAGAACGUAUA